AUGAGUGAUAUUACCAUUACACUUUGCAAUCCUCAGACUGGGCAAUCUGAGUCAAUUCCUGUUGCCAACACAAUGACGAUCGGUGAAGUAGUUGAGUUUGGAAAGGCCCUACUAGGAAUGGAUGGCAACCUCAUCAUCGCCAAAGACGGAAAACCUCUGGCCUCAACAACUCAGUCGCUAGCACAAGCUGGCGUUGCGAAUGGAGAUUUGCUUGUCGUAAUGCCUCCAGCCGCUCGACGCCCUGCUCCUGCACAAGCUCCAGCCGGUGGGUUAGACUUUUCCAACCUGCUGGAAUCAACAAGCGCACCUGCUCCCGCUGCUGGCGGUCUGAACUUUAGCAAUCUUCUUGGGGCAUCCAGUGGAAAUGCCGAUAAUCCUUCUACAGUGUUUUACGCAGGCAUGAACUUGCAAGAUGCCAUGGACGCAAACCCCCAUCCUAAAGCAAUUGUGAAGCUCCUCCAGGAACAGGUAAAUCUUUUCAAGGAGCUGAACUUUCGAAACCCUGUUCUUGCACAAAAGAUCAAAGGUCUCUCGUAUGACGAGGCUGUACAAGUCUGGAGGGAGUAUGUGGUAAAGGGCAGUAUCAAGACUUCUUUUGCGAUUUCGCAAUCCUUGAACAAAGAAAAAGAUUUCACCAAACGGCUUCGUGAGAACCCCAAUGACACCGAAGCUAAGGAAUACUUUGACAAGAAGAAGAAAGAGCGUGAAGUCGACGAGCAAUAUCGUCAAGUGAUGCAAGAGUAUCCAGAGAGUAUGGGAAGAGUUCUGAUGCUUUACAUUGAUGCCAAGAUCAAUGAGCAUCCAAUACAGGCAUUCGUUGAUUCAGGAGCCCAAUCGACAAUCAUGUCCAAGAAGAUGGCAAGGAAUUGCGGUAUUCUUGACUUGGUAGACACAAGAUUUGCGGGUGUUGCAAUGGGUGUGGGAACAGGAAAAAUAUUGGGAAGGAUCCAUAUGGUACAACUGCAAAUCGGACACAUACAUUUCCCUUGUAGUGUAACAGUAAUGGACGAUGCUACUAUGCCCAUGGCAGGCGGUGACAAAGACAAAGCAAAACCGCAGGAUAUGGACUUCUUACUGGGCUUGGAUAUGUUGAAGCGACAUACCUGUUCAAUAGAUUUGACACAAGGGAAGCUCAAGUUCCGAUUAUCUCCUACGGAAUACCUGGAAACUCCUUUUCUUCAUGAAAAGGACCUCGAUCAAAGCAAGGGUGGUACCAAGGGUUUCGACGCAACCAAAUCGAACGAGGAGUUGCUGAAAGCUCAACAGAAGCACGACAAAGACGAUUCUAAUAAGAUGGAGGAGUAG